AUGUCAUCACCAGAUCAGCUAUCGAGAGCUGUCACUUGUCCAUCAAAAGAAGGAGGCAAACUCCGAAGAAGUAAACAAAUUUUCGUGUCUGAAUCGAGUGUCGUUCCGGCAGCGUCCAGCCGAUCGAACAAUUCAUCGAUCUCGAGCAAAUGCUGCUCCAAGUCACCGCGCUCCACGAGUUCAACGAGUCGUUCGUUGUUCAACGCUACUGCUGUAAUAGAGGUGUUCCCCGAGUGUCCCCCGAGUGUCCCCCGAGUGUUCCCCGAGUGUUCCCCGUCGAAACCAUCUGCGGUCCAUCUAGCGAUCGAGAUUGGAGUCCCCCAUUUGCACGAAGAAAUCCCACUGUCCAUUUGUAUUCGGAGCUACCGUCAAGAUGUCGAGCUGAAGCGGAAGAACAUUAUUGACUCGAUUACCCGUUUGGAGACAUUUUUACGGAAUUUUGAUCCUGAUGAACAUGGCCACGAAGUUCCACUACGUUUGGAGCGUAUCGAUAAGUUGAUGGAGUCUUUCGAAACAGUACAAUCACAGUACGAAGAGCUGGACGAUGAUGAAAACUUUGCACUAGAAAAUGUCGAAAUGCGAGCCAAUAUCGAGGAAAAAUAUUUUCAAGUGAAAGCUGGUUUGUUGGCGAAGCGCCCCACUCAUGAAUCGUCUGUGGCAUCAACCUCUACUCAAGCUAUGCCCCCUCGAUUACCAUUUCCCACCCCGCUGUUGAACGUUAAACUGCCGACGAUCACGCUGCCUGAGUUCGAUGGUGAUUUUAAUGGUUGGCUCACCUUCCAUGACACUUUCCUUUCCAUGAUACACUCGUCCACGGAGAUAUCAAGUGUGCAGAAGUUUCACUAUCUCCGCGCUGCUCUAAAGGGAGAAGCAGCGAAUCUCAUUCAAUCAAUCACCAUCACGGCUGCGAACUACUCUGUUGCUUGGGACACGCUUGUCAAGCGUUAUUCCAAUAAGCGUCUAUUACGGAAGAAGCACAUACGAGCGCUCCUGAAAUACCCAAAAAUCUCGAAUAAUUCAGUGGAGGCGCUCCACCGCAUUCUUGAUGAUUUUCAACGGCACACCAAGGUACUGCAGCAAUUAGGAGAACCUGUCGAACAAUUUAGUUCCAUUCUGAUAGAGCUGCUGGUAGACAAAUUAGAUGACGCCUCCCACAGCGCAUGGGAGGAAUCAAUCGCAUCAGAUGAAAAUCCGGCCUACGAAAAAAUGGUUGAGUUCCUGCAGAAAAGGACUCGAGUACUGGAGACGAUUAUGAUCAACCGCCCCAAUCCAUCUCAAUCAAAAACCGAGAAUCCGAAUUCUGGAAUCAAAAAGAAAAAUGUUACCCGUGUCAGUUCCAAUGCUAUGAGUGAAACUGACAGCAAAGUCUAUCCGAUGUGCCCUGCCUGUGAGAAGCAGAGGCAUUUGCUAAUGAAAUGUCCCAUAUUCAACGAAAUGAAUGUUCAAGAUCGUCUAAGGGUCGUAAACGACAAAAAGUUAUGUGGUAAUUGUUUUCGUAGCGACCAUUUUGCUCGUGCUUGUCGCUCAAAGUUUGUGUGCAAACAUUGUACUAAGCGGCACCACUCGAUGAUACACCCCGGCUAUAUCGAAACUCAAUCCCAUCCGGAACCUAAGUCAGAGACAAUCUUGUUGGGAAACAAGCCCAUGCCUGGUCCCUCCCGCAUAGUAACUGCCAUUGCCACCACCGAGACUCUGGCUGCCGACAAUAAUACUCAAAUAGUAACAUCCAACGCAGCUGUAGAAGGGAACAAAAUAAGUGUACUUCUUUCUACCGUGGUUCUAAUAAUCGUAGAUACAUAUGGACAAGAACACUUGGCUCGAGCUUUGUUGGACACAGGUUCGCAGCCAAAUGCCAUCAGUGAACGGUUGUGUCAGCAGUUGCAUCUUACACGCACAACAGUCAACGUCCCCAUCUCGGGUGUAGAUGGCACCCUCACGAGCGCUAAGCACCAGGUGACUACUGAGCUUCGAUCCAGAGUGAACGAUUUCAAGCAGCAAAUGGAUUUUCUCGUCCUACGAAAAGUCACCAGCCAUACCCCAGCAGUUUCAUAUUCUGCUGUCCAUUGGAAAAUCCCGAAAUCAAUUUUGUUAGCCGAUCCUGAAUUUAAUAUUUCCCGAAGAAUCGACCUCAUAAUUGGCGCAGGUCAUUUUUACACUCUUUUGCGUGAUGGACGAAUCCAUUUGACCCAUAAUCUUCCCAUGCUGGUAGAAACCGUCUUUGGCUGGAUCGUAACUGGUCAAAUGGAGCACGGCGAUUCAAGAGAAACAGUAACUUGUCAUGUGGCUCAAAUCCCGUCGAUCGAAGAUCUGUUAGAACGUUUUUGGAAACUUGAAGAGGUAAGCGGAACGAACUAUUCUGUAGAUGAGCAGAAUUGUGAGAAUUUUUAUCGUGAAACCGUUUCUCGGGAAAAGUCUGGUAGAUACAUCGUACGAAUGCCCAGACAUCCUCAAUUCAAACAAAUGUUUGGAAGCUCAAAAUUGACAGCUCUUCAACGAUUCCGUUGGUUAGAACGAAUGCUAGAGAAAAAGCCAGAUCUCAAACCGCAGUAUCAUGAUUUCAUCAAGGAAUAUAUAGCUCUUAAGCACAUGAAGGAAGUACCUAAUGAAGAUGUAGAUCGCCCAGAUGCUUGCUAUCUUCCCCACCAUCCAGUCGUAAAAGAGGACAGUUCGACGACAAAAGUUCGUGUCGUAUUUGACGGCUCAACGAAAAUGAGUUCCGGACAUUCUCUCAACGAAGCCCUCCUUGUCGGACCAGUCGUUCAAGACGAAUUGCUCACUAUUGUUCUGCGUUUCCGACAGUUUCCAAUUGCGCUAGUGGGGGACAUUGAAAAAAUGUACCGCCAGGUUUUGCUACAUCCAACCGAUCGCCCACUCCAGAGAAUAUUCUGGAGAUUCGACAGCACUGAACCCAUCAAAGCUUACGAACUCUCCACCGUUACGUACGGUCUUGCUCCGUCGUCGUUCUUGGCGACCCGAACUCUGCAGCAAUUGGCAGAAGAUGAAGGUGCACAUUUUCCCGAGGCCAGCCGAGUAGUGAGAAAAGACGUGUACGUGGACGAUUUAAUUUCCGGCGAAAGCACUGUGGAACGAGCUAUUCAACUGCAAAAUGAUUUGAUGAAACUACUGAAGCGAGGUGGAUUUCGUUUGCGAAAAUGGGUUAGCAAUUCCCUCGAAGUGUUAUCAGAAAUUCCUGAAGAACUCCAAGGCACCCGAUCUCCCAUGAAGUUCGAUCCCGAGGAAACAGUUAAAACUCUCGGCAUCUGCUGGGAACCAGAGACCGACAAACUGCGUUUUAAUAUUGCCGUCAACGUAAUAAAUCCGGUACCAACUAAACGGGAAGUGUUGUCAACGAUUGCCCAGCUGUACGAUCCACUUGGGCUCGUGUCCCCCGUCAUCGUUCAAGCAAAGAUCCUAAUGCAACAACUCUGGCUUCUGUCCUUAGAAUGGGAUGAUGAAAUUACUCCAGAUCUUCACCACGCAUCAAAAGCUGCAUAUGGAGCAUGUAUUUACAUCCGAUCCGAAGACGCCCAUGGCAACGUCAAAGUGAGUUUGCUGGCUUCCAAAUCGAAGGUAGCCCCAUUGAAACCAAUCAGCAUUCCCCGGCUCGAGUUGUGCGCAGCUCUCCUCGCUACCCGUUUGUUUGAAAAAGUAGUUGCUGCUCUUGAUCAGAUUUCCUCUAGGAAGUACUUCUGGUCAGACUCAACAGUGGUCCUGCAGUGGAUGAAGGCGCCACCGCGGACCUGGAAAACUUCUGUUGCCAACCGGAUCGAAAAUCCCGCUGAUUUGUUGUCCCGCGGUUUCCCUGCUGACGAACUAGUCACCUGUGACAAAUGGCUUCACGGACCAAGCUGGCUACACGGACCCAAGGAAGUGUGGCCCACUCAAAAUCUCCCGCGCACCGAGCUCCCAGUGGAAGAAUUGGAACAACGUACUGCAGCUGUGCUGACUCUCCAAACUUCUGCUCCCCACGAAUUGUUCCUGCGAUUCUCAUCAUACAAUAUGUUGCUGAAUGUGGUGGGAUGGGCAUUCCGAUUCAUCCAAAAUACACGCUCAAAGAAUAUUCGAAUCCCGGACCGAGUGCUUCUCGUCAAGGAACUACACGUUACUAAGUUGUAUCUGACGAAACUAGUGCAAUCAGAAUCAUUCCCCGAUGAGUUAAAGGCUCUGCGCAAAGGACUUCCAGUUUCGAAACAUUCCAAACUUCGGCUCCUCAGUCCGUUUCUGGAUCCUGAAGGUGUGAUUCGAGUUGGUGGCCGGCUACAGCUAUCUUCUGAACCCUACAACAUUCAACAUCAAAUGGUCAUCCCAGGUUUUCACCCGUUCACAAAACUGCUAAUUAUGCACCACCAUAAGAAGCUUGCCCAUGGUGGCAAUAACGUAACCCUCGCAGUUCUCAGGGAUGAAUUCUGGCCAUUGCAUGGCCGGAGAGCUAGCGAGUUUCCCGUGGAGGUGGUCUCGCGUGAUCACGUGAAGGUGUUGAUCAAGUUGGCUGAAGUACGUAUUGGUACCAUUGCCUUGACGAAAAGCAUGUUGUCGAGGAUCCAGGAGAUGACGUUCUUCAAGGUUCGUCAUCAAUCUCCGUUUGAUCAUUCUCUCGAAGACCUUACCUAG